CUUUAAAUAGCAAUGGCUACGAGAACGAUGAAGCACAAGCGUAACAAUACCUACCUUUUAGAUGAGGGGACUUCAGUAAGGUCAAAGAAAAAGCCAUUUAAGUUCAAUAUUGGAAAGAGCCAUCCUAGUUCGUUACAGAACAGUCUUAAAUAAGAGUUUGGUCAAGAGUUAUGAGAAGAAACCAUCAAUUUCAAGCAAGAAAGAUUGCAUUUACCUAGACAACUUUGAGUAUAAUAAUCCCAAUGAUUUGGAAGAGCUAUGUAUAGCACUUGAAAAUGAAAGUGAGGAUCAUUAUUCCUACCAGUUCACACACCCUAUUGAUAAAGAUUUUGAACCUCUAAAGCAUCUCUCACCUCUUGAGAACAACAGGAAUCUUAUCCAGCAUAAUUUAUUUACAAGGAAGUUGAAGCAUGAGAGAUUUUGUUCGUAUAAGAUUAGGUUCAGCACUCAUUACUCUUUUGAUUAUACUAUUGGAUACCUUGAAACAUACUUUGAACCAUCUGAUUCCUCAUGCGUGAUGGUUUCCAGACUGUAUAUAUUCAAACUUUACCGUUCAAAGGCAUAUGUAAAGAAAUUAGUUGAGAGUAUUUUCAAAGAGCUUUUCAUCAGAGUAUACCAAGCCAGUACUUUAAAAGUGCUAACCUUUGACACUGACAUGUACAAGAGAUAUCUAAUGGAUUAUGGCUUUAAAUAUUCUAAUACUUUGCCCUCUCGCAAAGGGGAAGAGGCAAGACAUGUCUAUAAGAUUGACAGGAAAGACAUCCGCAGAGAUAAGCACUCUGAUGAUAAGUUUGUUCAAGAUAUCCUCAAAUAUAUGAAGAAGAGAACCAUACAGAAGAAUUAUGUAAAAGGAGCAGCUAAGAAAGACAUUUUAAACAAAUAUAAUUUAGUAAGAAAUGUUAAUAAUACGCUUGGGGAUGCAAAAAUUAGUAUUACAAGCUCCCCAAAUCCUAAGCAUCGGAAGUACUUGAGUUCACAUCCUGUUUCAAUGAACAGAGUUGAUAGCACAAGUAUCUCAUCGUCCCAAACUCAUGAUUCUAUCAGAAAGACACAAAACAUUGAAGCUAUGAAGGUUACCAGACAGGAGUCAAUUCUUUCAAUAAUGAAAAAUAGUGCAAAAAGAGAUACAUUAAAUGCAAAUCUGACUAAGAGACACAAGCAACUUACUAGAGAGACUCAUUUCUCAAAGUCAAGUAAUUUCUCAGGCAACUCAAUCCUAUCCAAGGAUUACAACUACUAUGAGGCUAAAUAAGAGAAUGGAGAUGUUUAAGGCAAAUCAGAGUAAUAUCCAGAAGCACAAAAGUUUAGAGAGAUUACCUUACAAAAACUACUCUGAUUUCCCAAAAGAGCCUUCUUCCUUCAGCCAUUUCAGGUCUAAAAAUCUAGCGUACAAGUUGGCAAGGAGGGUCUCUGAGGGAUAUAAUGAGCCAAGGGAGGUUCCUAAACCAACCAGUAAUUUCCCUGACCUGCUCUCAUCGAACAGCUAUGAAGACACUAGUCUUAGCCAUCAGAGCCUGAACGGGUCUUUCCACGAGAGGUUUUCAUCAACUAAUAUGAAGAAGAAGGGGCUUAGAUACGAUAACUCAACAGAUAUAGGUGGGAAACAGGGCAGAGAUCAGAAGAAUUCUUUGUUGAGGGAAUAUUGGAAUUGAAAAUAACUU